AUUUACAAACAAGGCGCUGAAGAUGGCGCCAAUAAAUUCCCACGUGUCGUUCACUGAUAAGUAGAAUAUAUCAGUCCUCGAUCCAGCUGUCGUAAUUAACAAGUGAUUAAUCAAAGUAAUUAACCCUGCUAAACAAAGCAAUAAGCACGUACUAAUCCAUCCAAAGAACACGAGGGGUCAAGUCAAAGAAUCGCAUCUCGCUGUCCGUCUGCCUACCAAUUUCUCGAAUCCUCCUCCCAAUCCCACCGGCGCUCUCUGGCUAAGAAGAACAAGAAGGAGAAGAAGGUUGAGCUAUGGGGAAGAAGAGCUACUUAGCGAUGAAGAUCGACGGAGGAAGCAGCAGCUUCGGCAGCGACUUAAUCGCCUCCGAUUUCAAGGAGCUGACGGCGGCGGCGAAGAAGCUGGCCAUCCAUGUCGGGAUUUUCGCCGGUUUCGGAACCUCUUUCUUCGAGUGGCUCGCUGCUAUUGCCGCUAUUUAUCUACUGGUGUUGGAUCGAACGAAUUGGAAGACCAACAUUCUCACUGGGUUGCUCAUUCCUUAUAUCUUCUUCACCCUCCCUUCUUUCCUCUUCGGCUUCCUACGAGGGGAGUUUGGGAAGUGGGUUGCAAUCAUUGCAGUUGUACUCCGCCUUUUCUUCCCCAGCCGUUUCCCAGAUUGGCUUGAGAUGCCGGGUUCUUUGGUUCUGCUCAUAGUGGUGGCUCCUAGUUUCUUCGCUUCAACGCUGAGGGGCAACUGGAUUGGAGUGGCCAUAUGCCUGCUCAUUGCUUGCUACUUGCUGCAAGAACACAUUAGAGCAUCUGGUGGGUUCAGGAACUCGUUCACCAAAGCCCAUGGUGUCUCCAACACCGUCGGGAUAAUCCUCCUCUUCGUUUAUCCAGCCUGGGCUUUGAUUGUUGGCGUCGUCUGAUUCGAUGAUGAUGAUGAUGAAUCCACGGUUCAAUUUCUGCUUAUUAUGUUAGAUCCGCCAUUGAUUCGAGAUCGAAAUGCUUGCAUUAUUGUAUUGUUGUUUGUCCAUAUUUGUUACUGUACUUACUGUAAUAAACUAAAAAGGUUCUGCAUUUUUAUUGAUCACACAUGGUUUUCUUUCCUUUGCUUGUAAGUCUAGCCCCUCAGAGUGCUGCAGAUUCAUUUGUGGCUGUAAAAAAGAAGCAAGCAAUUCUAAUCUGUUAAAGUCAUGCUAUUUGCUUCGAAGUGUCCUCGUUUGUGUAGGAAAC